CACCUGAACGGAGUAUUCGACUAAUUCGAGCGUGAAUUAUCUCGAACAGAAAGACUGUAUUAAAGGACAAAGGCUCAAGUCAUGCUCUGGAAAAUGAGCAUGACAUAUAUUUUCCUAUUGUUUGAAGGCAUGACGCGAAACGUCAUGCUUCUGUGAGCAUCAGUAUAGAAUAUAAAAGGAAGUGAUUAUGAUAGAAUAAUCCUUCACGUUCUCGGCAACUACAACCUACACUUGACUGAACUGCAGAAUACGUUUUUCUUAUUCAUUACUUCGAAGUCUAUUGCUAUCUAUUCGAGAAAUGUCGACUUUCAGCCCAAAUACAGAUGGUCAAGUUGGGCAAGUCUUUGAACAAUUAAAAAGUUAUAUUGAUACACGAUUAAGCAAUCUCGAGAAUUCUUUACAAUCGGCGAACCAUGAUCAACCUGAAACGAACGACAUUCAAGCGUCGACUAGGAAAUUACAACGAGAGGCUGACGCCUUUAAAGUUUAAGUAUAAGGCGAACGCCAAACAGUUUAUCUAUAAUGCUGAAGUCAAAGAUUUGGUUGUUUCCAUGGUAGAACAUCUUGCGAAAGAAAAUCCUAAUCGCGAGCAGGCGUUGGAAUACGCUAAAAAAGCUUUGGUAUUGAUACAUAAGCGCCAGAAGUUGAUUAAAUUGGCCAAUAAAAGUGAUGCGGGUUGGCUGGUCGUCGAGGAAUAUGAAAGUGACGAAUUGGCUGAUGAUUCGGAAGACGACAAGAAAUCCGGAAGGCACAAGAUAAAGCCGCCAGGAAGAAAAAGCAAUUGCUGCAAACUAAGAAUAAGCGACAGCGAACGAACUCUUACGAGUUUCCCUAUGGCGCGGUGUGAGGUCGCCAGCUUUUUUCAAGGUAAUUGUGUGCAGGUCGCUUGCUUUCUUUGUAAUUUCAAAUAGGCUUGUUUGCUAAGACAAGCCUAGCCUAUAAUAACAAACUAGUUUGGUUAUUGUAUUGUGUACAGAGGAAUGGCGAAUUAAUAGGAAAAUGCUUUUCAUUCGGACGAAUACCAUGAGGGAGAAUGAAAAUAUAUUUUCCUAUUGUUUGAAGGCAUGACGCGAAACGUCAUGCUUCUGUGAGCAUCAGUAUAGAAUAUAAAAGGAAGUGAUUAUGAUAGAAUAAUCCUUCACGUUCUCGGCAACUACAACCUACACUUGACUGAACUGCAGAAUACGUUUUUCUUUUGUUUUAUUUAUAGGUAUGAAGUUGAUCUUAAUUUUAUUACCCAUACGGCCUUGUCCAGUACGGGGUAUAGUCUAAAACAACAAGAAACAGUUUGGGGAAGCGAUCGAGGCUUCCAAAUUUAUUCUAAACACGAUACGUGAAGGGUAUAAGAUUUUGUUCUUAGUUGAACCAGCAUAUUCUUUCAAGCUGAAUAAUCGUUCAACAAAAUCGCAUAGCGAUUUUGUUAGUGAUGCAAUAAAUGAGUUAUUAGAAGGAGACCGGAUUUCUGAAGUAAAAUGUAGACAUGAUUACAUGUAAUCAGUACUCUCUCAGCGUCAGUUCAGCCAUCAGGGGAGACAAGACUUAUCCUAAAUCUAAAAAAUGCCUUUACAAGAAGACGGUAAAGUUUGAUGAUCGUAAGAAAGCCCUAGAUUUUUUUUUACUUUAAACGGUUUCAUGACAAAUCUUGAUCUAAAAAGCGGAUAUCGCCACGUAGAUAUUUUUCCGGAGGCUCGGAGCAUUAUUUAGGAGAUAUUUGGGAUAUAGUUGGACUUUUAUAAACGGCGUACAAAGAUAUAGUUUCAACUUUAACAUAUUACCUUUUUGGGUUGCCAACUGCUUAAUAUAUAUUACCAAAUUAUUGCGCCCCCUUUGAAAAUUGUGGAGAAGCAAGGGUUUCCAAUCCUUAGUAUAUUUGGACGAUACAUAGAAGAAACGGUUGCGAAAGCUGAAUACGCAGCCCCUCAUAUUAGAGGGGAUUGGUUCGCUGCGGGUUUAUUGUAGCGGAAGAAAAAAGUGUUUGGGACGCAAUGCACAUUAUAGAAUGGUUUGGAAUGAAGUGGAAUUCGAAAAGUGGGAAUAUUUCUGUAGCUGAUAAGCGUAUCUCUAAAGCCGCAUCUUUGCUUAGCAAUGCCAUUGAAUUUUCAACAAAAUGUGCUCGUGAAUUAGCUAAAAUAAUCUAUUAUUUCCAUGGGCUCUGCAUGUGUUGGGCAGACUUACACGCAUAAUGACCAGACAUUGUCAAAUGCCAGUAGCUGCUUUGUACACAGUGAAUACUGCUUCAAUCCCAUAGCACACAAAAAAUUAUUUAUUCUGACGCCAACGCGUAUUAUACUUGUGCAUGGGGCAUUUUAGUAAAGGGUGAGAACCAAAUGGUUUGGUAAAAAUGUUUACACCGAGGAGGUAUCCUGUAAUUCAACACAUCGUGAACUGAUUACCAUACUGUACAAUGCUGUACAGUUUAGAAGUCGCUGGAGGGGAAAUUGUUUAAUUUCCGUAUUAAAUGGUUCACGGAUAAUCAAUCUACUACGAAGAUUGUCAAUGUGCGUAGUAUGAAGUUGACUUUAUAAUAUACAUACACUUGCAUAAAAAUUUAUUUAUUUAUUUAUUUUUAUCCUGUUUGGCAAACAACAUUGAUUUGAGUAAUCAAUGGAUUCCAUGAGCAUUGAACACACAAGCUGAUUUCCCAAGAAAAAUUAAGGAUUGUGACGAUUGGCAAAUUUCCUGUGGGUUUUUUUUUGGAGGGGGAUCCACACACAUUGGAUUGUUUCGCAUCGUAUUACAAUACAAAGGUUGAACGGUUUUUCUCCCGUUUCUGCACUGUAAAAACUGAUAGGUUAAAAUAACCAAAAAAAAUAGGUUAUUUCAGUUGGUCUAGGACAACCGGUUUAAAAUAGGUUAUUUAAAU